AUGGCGGGUAUACUGUACAGGAGAGCUUUAUGUUAUACCCCUCGUGGGCUUUUCGCCCGGGCGCGGUGGCAAAGCACAAGCUCCGUUCCCUCAACCACCACCGAGAUCCCUCCGCACGUUACCCCCAGACUCACAGCCCUGAAGGCCGCAAAGCCAUUCUCCGAUUUCCUCACCGAUACCUUCAAUCGCCAACACGACUAUCUUCGAAUCAGUGUCACCGAACGGUGUAACCUUCGGUGCCUCUACUGUAUGCCUGAAGAGGGCGUGGAGCUAUCGCCACCAGCAAGAUUGUUGACCUCGCCGGAAAUCGUCUACCUUUCCUCAUUGUUUAUCUCCCAGGGCGUCACGAAGAUCCGUUUGACUGGUGGUGAGCCUACGGUACGGAAGGAUAUCGUUCCUUUGAUGCAAAGGAUUGGCCAGCUGCGACAGAACGGGCUCCGGGAAUUGUGUCUGACCACCAACGGCAUUUCCUUAUACCGCAAGCUAGACCCAAUGGUGGAAGCUGGACUUACGGGCGUGAAUCUGAGUCUCGAUACACUGGACCCAUUUCAGUUCCAAAUCAUGACACGGCGCAAGGGAUUCGAGGCUGUGAUGAAAAGCAUCGAUCGGAUCUUGGAGAUGAACAAACUCGGUGCUGGCAUCAAGUUGAAAAUCAAUUGCGUGGUCAUGCGCGGUAUGAAUGACCGUGAGAUUCUGCCGUUUGUCGAGCUCGGUCGCGAGAAACCCAUCGAAGUGCGGUUCAUCGAGUAUAUGCCUUUUGAUGGAAAUAAGUGGAACAAGGGGAAAAUGUUUCCCUACCAAGAGAUGUUGUCGGUGAUUCGAGAGAAGUAUCCGUCAUUGGAGAAGGUUGUCGACCACAAAAAUGAUACCAGCAAGACCUAUAUGGUCCCUGGCUUUGAGGGCCGCGUCGGGUUUAUCACUAGCAUGACACAUAACUUCUGCGGGACCUGCAAUCGAUUGCGCAUAACUGGUGAUGGCAAUUUGAAGGUCUGCCUGUUCGGAAAUUCCGAGGUCUCCCUCCGGGAUAUAAUUCGCAAGGAGAAUGAUGGACAGCCUAUCGACGAGGAGGCGUUGAAAGAUCUCCGCCUCCUCGAGACAAUCCAAGAUGCGGCUCGUCUAAGCGACGAAGGCGGCUUGAUCCCUGAGCGGGAACGCGAAAUCUUGGAUAUCAUCGGCAUGGCUGUGAAGCGUAAGAAGGCCAAGCACGCUGGCAUAGGCCAACUCGAGAAUAUGAAGAAUAGGCCCAUGAUUCUCAUUGGUGAUAAUAAAAAUCAUCAACCAUGGCCAUUUCCCACGUCACGGGCAACCUCUACAUUAAUUCCCUCGCAUCUCCUCUCAUCUUCACCUGGAUUACAUCAGGCACGCCUUUACCACAGCGGACGAUCAGAUUCUCAGGCCCAGGAACCCACACCACAGAAGACGCAGAAUCCCAAACCCCGAUCUCUACCUACCACCUCAGACUCCGAACUCCCCCAUCUCACUCCCUCCCAAACCGUACACAUGACACAGAUCACCGAGAAACCAGAAACAAAACGACUCGCCACCGCUGCCUGUAUGGUCUCAUUCUCAAAUGGAAAACCAUGGGAAAUUUUACGGCGCGGCGAAGGCACUCAUAAAGGCGACGUAUAUAGUGUUGCUCGCAUUGCCGGGAUCAUGGCCGCUAAACGAACCCCGGACAUUGUUCCGUUGUGUCAUCCUGGAAUUGGCAUCACGGGUGUGGAAGUUAGUGUGGAGCUUGUCGAACCUGACGCACAUAAGCCACAAGAUCAUGGCGCUAUGCAGAUUGUUGCUACGGUUAGCUGUUUUGGUCGCACUGGAGUUGAGAUGGAGGCCAUGACAGCUACCAUGGGGGCUGCAUUGACAGUGUAUGAUAUGCUGAAAGCUGUGGAUAAAGGGAUGAUUAUCGGGGGUGUGCGGUUGAUAGAGAAGCAAGGUGGAAAAAGCGGUCAUUGGGUCCGAGAUGAGUGA